CCAUGGCAUCCAACACCGCGCUCUGUGCCCUUCUGGUCGCUUUGGUAGCGGCACUCUGCAGUGGUGAAGCUGACGUCUCCAGCAGGCAGAAGCGCCCUUUUUUCGACCAGAGCCUUGCUGAGUACCUGACGCGGUUGGCUGUGGAAGCGAUGGGCCACACCACCCCUCUGCCAGACCCGGCCAUAGUAGGCCGCAAACGCUCCUUUUCUUCCGACGUGUGGCGACUGGUGAACGAAGCGGACGUGCCCGUUGAAGAAUAUGUUUCGAUGCCUGGCGACUCGUCCGUGAGGAGAUACCUGCGUCCGCUACAGGCAUACACUUUGUACCACUUUCAGACACUUUAG